CAGUAUUAAAAUGAACCUGUUGUACCUAAUAAGUAGAUUUGUUAUACUGAAAAAAUGCAUUCUAACUUCUGUUGUUGCUGUGUGUAGUUUUAUUAUUGCUUAUAAAAUUUGAUAUUUUAAGAUGUAUAUUGUUAUAUAAAAUAAAUUAUGCCUAGCGUAAUAACUUUCUUUUAAUUUACAAUGAAGGAGGAAGGUCAGGUACAGUGUUGGUACCCUUUGGGAGGAAUCUAUGAUAUAAUAGGAGUGAACUAUGGAAAAUAUUGUUGGCUGAUUGUUAUCUAGUGUUGGUUGGUGCCCACCUCACUAAUCAGUAGUACAAUCUAUUUAUCCAAUCCUGUGUAUAAUAGACGGUGCGUUUAAAUCUCCAUCUCAAGAUGGCAAUGAAAUCAGCGAGAGCAAGGACUUUGUAUGUAUAUAUACAAAGUCCUUGAGCGAGAGUUUGAAGACCAUUGAGUAGAGGGUACACCCGAGUCCGCGUUGUUCUAUGUUGAAGACCAUGGAAUAAGAAUCUUGUAUACCAUAGACAUAACUGUAACAUAGAUAAUGAAUGAGAUGGUGGAUAAAACUCUUUCUAUGAGCAGAAAAACUUGAAACAGAAGAAUGUAAAUGAUAGAUGUCAAUCAAUAUUGAAAUUAGAAAAUAACAAAAUUUAUUAUGGCACCAAAAUAAUUUUAAAAAUUUCUUUACAAAAUCAAAAUGGACAAACAAUACCAGUGAAAAUUACAGUUUUCAGCAAUCCAAACUUAAAAGCAACGAUAUGACUUCAAAUGUAUAGAAAUAUCAAGCCACACAACCAUCUGGGAAUCCAUAUUGGAGUAGACAGCUAUGGAUCGCACUGAAGUGGUGUCAAGUUACCACCGCUUCCGGCCUCCGCACGAGUCGAGCCGGCUGGCGGCCCCCGCCCCCCCGCACCGCUGCUACCCGCCGCUGCCGCCCUGCCAGAACCCGAAGAAAUGUCUCGCCUCCGCCAAGAAAGGCUCGGAACCCUGCGCCAGUGCCGUGUCUAUCCUAGGAUCGAAGGGCCGACUGCCAAACACAUACAAUAAAGGGAAAAAUCCUCUGGACUGCAGUUGUGGCGGAAAGGCAAAGAACCGAGAAAAGGCUUUGAAGAAGCUUGAGAAGAAGAAACAGAAGGCUAUUAAGGAGUACCUGAAGUGCAAGGCGAAGGAGCGCGCGCUGUCGGCGGCGUCGGCGGCGGUGUGCGGCGGCCGCUGCCAGCCCGGCCCGCGCGACCGCCGCCCGCCCGGCCCGCGCGACCGCCGCCAAGCCCGCUGCCAGAUAUUGUAGAUCAAACCAUGUCAUAUAGCUAUAAAACUUGCUCCGCUGCGUUGUUUUACUCUGGUAUUCAAGCUAACAGUUUCCAGCUGAUGUAAGGGUGAUUAUUUUUCGAUGAAACAAACUGUAUUCUUAACUUAAAAAUUAAGUAUAAAUAAAAUAACUAUUGUUAUUUAUUGAGUUUUAAUAUAGGCCAGUGACUGAUUCUAUCGAACAUAAUAGCCUAUCUUCAGGCAGGUACACCAAGGGGGUAGGUACACUAGGUAGUAGCAGCGGUUUAUUUGACCUUUUCAUCAUAUUCUUCCAUAGCGGAUACCGAAUGUGCUUACGUGUAGGUAGGUACACCUAUUUCCACAUUCAUCCAACCAUUACAGCUUGUGGUUUCUAAGAUGGAAUAUGAAUGGCUCCUUUUCCGGAGGCUCGUCAUCAUAACAAAACAUGAAAUAAAGUUUCCAAUGACCUACGCCCAAUGUUGCCCCGUUGUUUACCCAGGUACCUGUGUG